AACAUCGAUAGUUAUCUUCGAGAUAAAAUGGCGGCGUACAUACAACCUAGUAUAAUAUCAAUAUUAUAGUUUUACGUUUUUUAAAUCUUUAAGUAUUAAAAAUAGGCAUAGUGACAAUAAAUAACUUUAAAGUCUAUGAAAAUAUAAAACAUAUGUUUAAAUAAAUAUCUAUUAAAUGUUCUAAUCUAUUGUAACGUAUUAGUACGCCGUAUAUAAUUUAUAUAUUACUUUUUUUAUGUUAAUUAUAUUUUGGUGUUAACAUUUAUAAAAUAUUUUAUCUAACUUGAAAAAUUAAUAAGUUAAUGCUAAAUAAAUAAAAUGCAUACAACUGGAAAUUUUAUUUUACAUGGGGGUGAUACAGCAUUUGCAAAUAGACAAAAAUUAUUAUUUGAUAAAUUAUCAGAUGCAGAACAAGAAUGUAAUAAGAAUAAAAUUGUUAAUGAACCCAUGGAUAUGGAUUCAAAUAUUGAGCAAUCAAACUAUUUUCAAAUUUUAAAAGCUGGCCGUCAAAGUCAAACAAGAAGAUUUAGAGGUAAAGAAAGUAUAUUUAAGAGACCGGAAGGUCCAGCACCACGUGCUCUUAAUAGAAGUAUACCAGAUUUUCAUAAGAAUCCUCAUAAAUGGAAAAAAUAUAGUUUGGAUGAUGUAUCCAAUGAUGACAUGACAGAAGAAAGUAAUACAAGAGCUGCAUUGUCAUUUUUAAAAGAAUUAAAAGCAAGGAGAUCAUUGGAAAAAAUGAAACAAUCAGAAAAAAUGGAUAUAAAUGAAUCUGAUUUAGUUAACAAAAGUCAAAUGAAGAUAAUGUUUAAAUCCAAGAAAAAGAAGAUAUCUACUGAAAUUGGAUUUAAAAAACCUGAAAAUAAUACUAAUAAUAUAGAUAAUGUACCAAUUAUUAUUGAAAACAAUGAUAAGCCAGUCUUUAAGAAUAGUAAACUUAUUAUGCCAGAAUAUGUUGUUGGUCAGAAAAGAAAGACAAAAGUUAAGAAAGAAAAAUGUAUAGUGAAGGUAGAUAGAUCAAAACAACUUAAAUUAGAUCAUUUAGAAGAACUUGAUGAAGAAGAAAAUUAAAUUUUAAUGAAUUAAUUAUUAUUUAAAAUUUUCUGUAUAAUAUGAGUAUUUAAUAUAUAUUAUUGAUUAAAUUGAUUAAUUGUAUUUUGAAUAUAGCAGUAAUAAACACAUUGUAUAUCAUUUUAGUUAUAAAAUGUUCUAUGCUUUA